AUGACCACUUCGGCCUCGUCCCACGUUGAUCCGCUGGUGCUGGCAUGUCAGCGCGACUCGUACACGCGUGAGCUCCAGACCCGUGUCAAGGCCCACCAACCCACAGAGGGAGGAGUGCUAGUGGAGUUCGAGGACUCCAUCCUCUUCCCUGAAGGUGGCGGGCAGCCUUCGGAUGCCGGCACCGUGGACGGAGUGCCAGUGGGACAGGUGUUCCGGCAUGCCGACGGACGAGUCCUGCACGCCCUGCCUUCCGUACCGGCCGACCCAAGCAAGGUGGUAUUGAGCGUCGAUUGGGGGCGCAGGUUCGACCACAUGCAGCAGCACACUGCUCAGCACCUUAUCUCUGCGUUGGCCAUGUCCCGCUUCAACGCCGACACCGCCUCCUGGUCGUUGGGCAAGGAGCUGUGCACCAUAGACUUCAACGUCCCCAAGAUCAGCCAGGAGGACCUCGGCCGCCUUGAAGAGCUUGUCAACGAAGAGAUCAGACAGGCAAAGCCGGUGCGAUGCCACGAGGUGCGGACUGAUGAGGACAAAGCAGCGUUGCCCGAAGCCGUGCGUUCUCGAGGCCUUCCCACCAAUCUGGGCGUCAUCCGGCUCAUUGAGAUUUCUGGAGUGGACAUGAACACCUGUUGUGGCACGCACGUGAGCAAUCUGAGCGAGCUGCAGAUGAUCAAGUUCGUUGGCACAGAGCCCAAGAAGGGCAUGGUCCGCGUCUCCUUCCUCGCCGGAAACAGGUUGUCACGAGCCGUGUCGACCUGGAGCGAGCGCGAGAAGAAACUCAACAUCACACUUCAGUGCGCAGCCACGGAGCACGUAGCCGCAGCCACCCGCAUCAACAACGACAUCAAAGCAUUGACGCAGCAGAAGAGGAAGUUGAUGAAGGACCUGGCGGUAUUUGUCGGCCAGAGCGCCGUCAAGGAGGGGCACAAGCUAGUGGAUGUGCAUCGCGAUGACGUGGACAUGUCGUUCCUCCAGACCACGGCCAAGGCCGCCCAGGACGCUGCCAGAGCCGCCGCGAGCGAGCUGGUCCUGUUCUUGAGCUUCAGUGAAGGAGAGGGAGGUCAGUUCAUCCUCCAGGGACCGCAGGCGCUGGUGGCCGAGACUGGGAAGCAGGUGGCCGAGCUGCUGCAGGGCAAGGGCGGCGGCCGUGGCAACACGUUUCAGGGUCGCGCCGGCUCCUUCAAGCGCCGCAACGAGGUGGUCGAACUCCUUCGCGCCCAGCUUCGCUCAUCGUCAUGA